AGUUGGUGACAGAACAACAAGGGCGAUACAAAGACUGCAAUAUAACCUCGAGCUCUGACACCCACUUUUCAAACCUUAACACCAAACUCAUACCAAACACUCUUGCUCAAUAUAUCUGCCUCUCUUUCUUUCUUUACAAUUCUCAGGUUUCUGUUCUUUGAAUACUGCUUUCAAGGUUUGUUUCACUUCUUUAUCUCAGGUCAUAAUAGAAACAAAGAAAGGCAAAGCUUAGAAGAUGGGAUCAGGUGAAUGGUGCCUUCAAAAACGAGAUAGUUUCAAGAGUGAAACGCUUGUAGGCAAUGAGACUGUGCCAGAAAUUGGGUGCCUUUCGAUUAUUGUUCUUGGUGCCUCUGGUGAUCUUGCCAAGAAGAAGACUUUCCCUGCCCUCUUUCAUCUUUAUUGCCAGGGAUUUCUGCCACCAAAUGAGGUGCACAUUUUCGGCUAUGCAAGGACUAAGAUUUCAGAUGACGAAUUGAGAAAUCGCAUAAGUGGAUAUCUUGUGAGUGAAAGGAGUGCUUCACCAUCAAAAGAUGUAUCAAAGUUCUUACAGCUGAUUAAAUAUGUAAGCGGAUCAUAUGAUGCCGCAGAGGGCUUUCAAACGUUAGACAAGGAGAUUUCAAAGCAUGAAACCUCGAAAAAUAGCCUAGAAGGGUCAUCUCGGAGGCUCUUUUAUCUCGCACUUCCACCAUCAGUAUAUCCAUCUGUUUGCAGGAUGAUCAGGAGAUAUUGCAUGAAUAAAUCUAAUCUUGGCGGAUGGACUCGGAUUGUUGUUGAGAAACCAUUUGGAAGAGAUUUAGGCUCCGCCGAGGAACUAAGUUCCCAGAUUGGCAAGUUGUUUGAUGAACCACAAAUUUACCGUAUUGAUCACUAUUUGGGAAAGGAAUUGGUCCAGAACCUGCUGGUUCUCCGUUUUGCAAAUCGCUUCUUCUUACCCCUUUGGAAUCGUGACAACAUUGAUAAUGUACAGAUUGUGUUCAGAGAGGACUUUGGAACUGAAGGUCGAGGUGGAUAUUUCGACGAAUACGGCAUUAUCCGCGAUAUUAUCCAAAAUCACCUAUUGCAGGUCCUUUGUCUUGUUGCUAUGGAGAAGCCUGUAUCUCUCAAACCUGAGCACAUUCGUGAUGAAAAAGUGAAGGUUCUUCAAUCGGUACUUCCAAUUAAAGACGAAGAGGUUGUACUCGGACAAUAUGAAGGUUACAGAGAUGAUCCGACAGUUCCUGAUCACUCAAACACCCCAACGUUUGCAACUGUUAUUCUCCGUAUACACAACGAAAGAUGGGAAGGAGUUCCCUUUAUACUAAAGGCAGGGAAAGCAUUGAAUUCGAGAAAGGCAGAGAUUCGUGUUCAAUUUAAGGAUGUUCCUGGUGAUAUAUUCAAAUGUAAAAAGCAAGGGAGAAAUGAGUUCGUCAUCCGCCUGCAACCUUCUGAAGCCAUGUACAUGAAGCUAAUGGUGAAGCAGCCUGGACUGGAGAUGUCAACUGUUCAAAGUGAACUAGACUUGUCAUACAGGCAACGCUAUCAAGGUGUUACGAUCCCAGAGGCUUAUGAACGUCUCAUUCUCGACACGAUAAGAGGUGAUCAGCAGCAUUUUGUUCGUAGAGACGAGUUGAAGGCGGCAUGGGAGAUUUUCACGCCUCUUCUACAUAGAAUCGACAAUGGUGAAAUGAAUCCGAUUCCAUACCAAGCAGGCAGCCGUGGACCGGCAGAAGCGGAUGAGCUUUUGGAAAAAGCCGGUUACGUUCAAACACAUGGAUAUAUUUGGAUUCCUCCCACCUUGUAGAAACUUGCUGUCUAGCUCGUGGUUUUCCAUCACCAUCACCAUCUACAUAUAAGUUGAGGUUUGGUUAAAGGCCUCUUUGUAACACAUCGAAUAACCAGGCCUGCCGGUUGUAGUGAGUUUCGAAAAUACUGUAAGCCUAAGAGCUGGUUACCCUACAAUUUGAUGUACCGUGUGUAGAGUAUGAUCCAAUAUCGUAUUCGGAAUGGUUCCGAUCGGGGUCUAGGUUAACUAGACCCCGGAAUAAAAAGCUCUUCCAAACCUGUUUAUUUUCGAGUUCA